AUGAGCCAUUUUGCCAGAGACCAGUCAAUCUGGAACCAGCUAGUAUAUGGCCGGUCCAGAACACCUGUUGUGGACCAAUUGAGCGAAGAGCAGGCUCUCGGAGCCGAGUCGAACAUCUCCGGGUCAAGAUACUCAGACCAUCCAGACGAAAAAUCGUCUCACGCACAUUCGCAAUGUACAAUUGAGCAGGAUGUCAUCUUUGACGAGAAAACAGGGUUAAAAGCGGAACUGCCCAUCGACUUGGAGGCCGGUCCAAGAUCGAAACAUGAACAUACUGGCAAACGCUCUUCUGCGCAGUGUGUGGUCUCUUGUAUCAUCGUCGUUACAAUUCUCUAUACGUUGAUGACGUCCCAUUUCGGGGCAUUCGUAGCUAAGCCCCACUUUCUUGGGAUGAGACAGAGAUUGCCUACUUUUGCAGACUCUGGCUCCUACAAGGCGCUGGGCAAGGAGAGACAGGAGAUCAUUGAGGUGUCAUACCCCUUUGUUCCCAAGCCUUCGUAUGGUAAGCCCGUGUAUUCCAAGCUCUUGAUUGACUACACCUUUGAUUCGUGGGGAAACCCUAGUUUGGAGUACUUUGAGCCACCAACAGAUGUAGACUUCAAUAAGGUCGUUUUGACUCUUAACACAACUGUCUCUGGUGUCCAGUUCGACAGAUUGGCACAUUUGUAUGUUGGUGGCGCUGAGAUCUGGAGAACUUCAACCAUGGAGCCCGGCGGAAGACUGGUGUUCUCUUCGUUCAAGAAGGACGUCUCUCCCUAUAUCACUUUGUUCCAAAAGAAGACUCCGGUGCUCUUCCAGUUGGACAAUCUUGUUGUUGACGGUUUGGAUGGCAAGUUCCAUGUCAAGUUGCAGGCCGACUUCUAUUCCUCCGCUUCAUUCCACUCUGUGGACCCCAUCGAUCCAGAGCCAGAGAUGUAUCAGUACUUUGAUAUCCGCAAAGAUGCUGAUCGUGUCUAUCCUCUCAAUGCAAAGAAAAAUCCUAAAAAUCUCCCCAUCGAAUAUGUGCCCUCUCAAAAGUUUAAAGUGGACUUGCCCCAGGUCAACCAUAACACUACCCGCUUGAAGCUUGCCAUUUUCGCCAGCGCUAACGGACACGAGGAGUUUUGGUACAAUAAUGUUUUGGACAAGUUCAAGCAUCAGUUCGAGGAUGAUGGAACAGAAUUCUAUGGCCAUGGUCCGCUUCGUUUUGUGAAUAUUUGGGUCGAUGGCAAAAAAAUUGCAUCUCAAUCACCUCAGCCUUUCUUGUUCACAGGCGGAUAUUCUCCUUCGUUGUGGAGUCCAGUCGUUGCCAUCAACGCCUUUGACUUGCCAAGUAUUGAUCUCGAUAUUUCGCCCUUGUUGCCUUUGUUGUGGAAAUCUGGAGAACACAAACUAGAAAUUCUGGUCGACAAUGGUAUUGAUGAUUUUGAGGGUGGAAACUCAGGUAUCGGCAAUGACUGGAUUUUGAGUGCAAACCUUCUUGCAUACGAAAACAGCAAUAUCAAAAAGUCUAAGGGUAAGAUUUUGAACAUCAAGGAUUCCAACAGUGGCCACUCCACUGGCGUUUCUAUCCCAUACACCAAGUCCUUGCAACAAGUUGUCACUGGAAAAUACACCGUCGACUUCUCGAGUGAAAUGCUCUUGGAGUUGAAGAAUGGCGAUCUUUUAAACGUCACGGUUGAGUCUGACACCGUAGCUGACAGCUCAAACGUGCAGUCCUACUCUUACGCGGGCUAUACUGGUAAUAUCGUUCACAGUGGUACUUCAAUCAAAAACUUCAGCCUCCGCGACAAUUUCAACAACCUGGCAAUCCUUCACGAAACGACGGUCAAGAUAGAACUGCCUUUGGUUCUCCACUACAAAGAGAUGCAAUCAAAAAAAGGUUUCAAGAUGAAUUACGACAUUGUCCUUGCCAAAGAAAUUGAUCUCGAUAUUGACGGUGAGAAGAUUAUGACAGAGGCAAGUUCUCAGAAUGGUACCUCAACCUUAAUCAUCGGCGACAACGGCAAUUAUGGCACAUCGGCAUUGACAACGAAAUACAAGUCAGUUCUUGACGGUGCAAACAUAAAGUUCGUGUAUAAAAGACGUGUUGAUGCUGCCGAUGGUAAGAUUGUUUCGGACAAAGAAUCGUUUAAACACUGA